UUGAGAUAUAAUAAUCUAAAGAUAAAAAAAUUUAUACACUGUGAUGUAACAAGUGACCACCAACUAAACGGACUAGGUUCCAAAACUGUUGACCUCGGCGUCGUGCCUUCGCUAAAGUCACCAGCAAAACUCGACCCGGAAAAGGGAUCGAAUUCAGAAAAGGCUGACUUCGAACGGGCGAUCGAACUAACUGGCUAUGGCCGUUUCCACUACAUGCUGCUCGCCGUUUGCGGGCUCGUCAGUACAUCCGAGGAGAUGGACGUCAUCUCAAUGUCUUUCAUCCUACCUUCAGCACAGUGCGACCUAGAGCUCACCACACAAACUAAAGGAUGGCUGAACAGUAUUAUAUUCAUCGGUAUGAUGGUCGGAGCGUACGCCUGGGGCUCUGUCGCGGACUCGCUCGGUCGCAAGCGUGUUUUAAUAGCGAUCAGUAUCGUGAACGCGCUAGCUAUCGUCGCCUCUUCCUUCAGUCAGAACUACGAGCUCUUUAUGCUAUUCCGAUUUAUUAAUGGCGCUGCGUUGGGUGGGUCAGGUCCAGUUAUCUGGUCCUACUUCGCAGAAUUCCAGCCGAAAAAGAAGCGUGGUGCUAUGCUGAGUUUUAUGGCUGCUUUCUGGACUUUGGGCAAUUUAUUCGUAGCUGGGCUAGCUUGGGUUAUCAUUCCUAGUGAAAUCGGAGGCGCGUACGGUGGUUUCGUUUACAACUCAUGGCGUAUUUUCUUAUUGGUUAUGUCAAUACCAUCAUUUCUUGUCGCCGCUCUGCUCUUCCUACUUCCCGAAUCACCAAAGUUUCUCAUAACAACGGGACGCCACGACAAAGCAUUGGAAGUCUUCAAGGGUAUAUACAUGAUGAAUACUGGAAAGGACAAGGAAUUGUAUCCAGUGAAGCAGAUACUUGUUGACGAUCAAGUACACGUGAGGCCGGAGAAACAAAUCGAUCUUGAAACCAAAGAACAGAAGUCCAAGCUGAGAAGGAUGUUUAGCGACAUCGUAGAACACAGCAAGGAACUGUUCGUACCACCGAUAUUAAAAUUCACCGCGAUCUCAAUAACAAUCAACUUUACAUUCCAUAUUGGAUACUACGGUCUCAUGAUGUGGUUCCCUGAAAUGUUCAAUCGUUUCGACGAGUGGUCCAGAACCCAUGACAAUGCGGAGGCAGAUAUAUGUCAAGUCACCGCGUAUGUGACCAGACAAGGCUCGCACUCAGAUGAGGCGAUGUGUGAUUCACAUAUACGAGGCGAUGUGUUCAUGGAUUCAUUGAUAACUGUAGCAGCGGCGCUACCAUCUAAUAUAUUCGCUGUGCUUGGAAUGGAUAAAUUGGGAAGAAAGUUCUUCUUAGUGUUCGCAACAUUCUCCGCGGGUCUGUGUUCCGGUGCUAUGUACUUCGUGUACAAUAAAACCAACAACCUCAUAGUCAGCGCCGUCUUUAGUUCGGUCAUUUCGUGCGGAAACGCCUCGCUUGACUGUCUCAUCACCGAAGUUUUCCCAACUAAUUUACGAGCGACGGGUGUGGCUGUUUCUAUGGUAGCAGCUCGGCUGGGCGGUAUCAUAGGUAACGUGGUGAUAGCCGCGUUGUUAGACUCCUACUGUCCAGCGCCAACCUUCAUAGUUGCAGUACUCCUGGCUGGAGGCGGGCUCAUGUGUAUCUUCCUACCGAACACAACUAGAACGGCUUUGAAAUAA